AUGGAUUUUAAUGGUAAGUUAGAGCACAGAUUGCAAUCAGUGAGGGAACGGCGCUCGAAGGCCACAGAGGUACAGAAACAGUCGGGACCGGUCACGUUUAGAGAGAGCAUGUCCAAGGUCCAUCGUGACUUAUUGGCGGGGGUCGGGGGUCAACGAGAUGUUAUCGAUCAGCUCUGGCGAAAUGCAACUGGGGCUAAACAAGCAACGGUGAUUAGUUGCGAUGAAGAGAAAAUUCUGGAAUCCGUGUAA